AUGGCGGAAAUAUCACCUAUUCGGCAGCUUACAAUAGCCUCAAAGGGUAUCAUAAACCUCAGAAAUCCCCUACUCUUCGUGGACAACGUCAUUCCGUUCUUUGCCUCAUCUAUCACCUCCUUGACGAUCCAGUGUCUCGCCCAUGUGCCAGUGGAAAUUAUCUCGAGCUGCGUGCAUCUGACAUCUCUCGCCGUUUCCUUCACAUCUCUGACAGGUCAAUCGACUAUACAAUCUCCCGGGAUACCAACAAAGUCAAAACCUCUGCAUCAUCUACAAUUGACAAACUUUUCCUAUCAAAAUUCUAGAAUUGCGCUGGAAGUACUCCUGCGGCCGUCUUCGCAUGUGGACUUAUCCAGACUUCAAACAUUAAUAGUAUACGCGGACAAGUCGUCCUACAACAUAAUUAAGGAUCUUCUCAAAGCGUGCUCCAACGCUCUUGAGGAAUUCGCACUCCUAAGUGUAGGAGACUCAGCUUGGGUUCAAGGGAACUGGGAAAAUUUGAAUUUACAGGAAAUGUCACGUUUGCGCACGUUUCGCUUUCAUCCCCCCUUUGCAAAUGGACCUGCUCGCGUUGUGACGAGGGACCCCGGCUCAGAUAAACCUUGGGGGGCAGUUACGGAUUAUAUUCCUCGCUCAUAG